AUGAUCCUACGUUCCACGCUUAUCUCUGUCUUUACGAUCUGUGCCCAUGCCCUCCCUAAGAGUACAACAACACUCUCCCUCUUUCAGGAUUUCCGUCUCGACGAAGGAGCACAGGCCGUCUUCAAUGGCGCCUCGGAGGCGCCUUCCAUAACCCUCCAUACCGUCCCGACAUCUGUGUAUCGACCUCGCAAUAUUGAUGCAUAUCAUCACGCACGGCGGCGAUCUCUAUACCAGUCGGAGAGUGAACCGGUAGAGUGGGAUCUUGUGGAUACGUACGGCCCAGAUAUGGAGGAUCAGCAUACCGUCAUACAGUUGGGGAGGAUGGCCGGAAAUGCAUAUGCAGGACAUCCUGGCCAGAAUAACUGGUAUGAUGUGGAUUCGACAUGGAACAUAACGUUUCCCUUCGGCUGGGAAGACGCCGCAGACGGUUUUCGCGGGCAUGUCUUCUACUCUCCGGAGCAGGAUCUUGCCGUGUUGUCAAUCAAGGGAACGACACUCCAGGGUCCGACAUCCAAGAAGGACAAGUUCAACGAUAAUCUGCUGUUCUCGUGUUGUUGUGCCAGGGUCGACUUUACCUGGAUCUUCAAGAAGGCCUUGAUCGAGGAAAGUCUAUUCUACACCGUAGGCAUCGACCUCAUAUCCGAGAUUACGACUAUGUAUCCUACUGCAACAAUUUGGCUGGUAGGCCAUAGUCUGGGUGGAGCCUUGGCUUCGUUACUCGGUACAACAUUCGGCUUGCCCGCCGUUGCAUUCGAAUCACCAGGCGAGCGGAUGGCGGCGGCACGCCUACAUUUGCCACUUCCUCCUGCGUCAUCAGCGGGUUUGCCUCAGACGCCGGUAACCCACAUCUAUCACACGGCCGACCCCAUUCCACAAGGCACAUGUACUGGGAUUGGGUCACCGUGUGUCGCUGCGGGCUAUGCCCUGGAGACGCAUUGUCAUUUGGGCAAGACGAUCCUAUACGAUACCGUGGGUCGGCUUGGCUGGCACGUCGAUGUCCGUACGCAUCGCAUUGCAGAUGUCAUCACGCGCUUGUUGGAACUUGACGAAGACUGGGAGGACGGUCGGAAGGUUCCUGUCGCUCGUGAAGAGGUUGAUUGCGUGGAUUGCUUCAAGUGGGAGUUCGGGGACUUCGAUCAUGACCCAUGA